AUGUGACUGUGAACUAAUGUAGAAUAAUGUGGAAAUAAUUUGGAUACCCCUGAUUUAGUGUUGAAAUCUUAUGAUAGGACAAAAAUAACAAAACCUGUUUAAUAUUUGUAUGGUUUGCAUGGGAAAUGGGCAUUUUAUGUGUUAAAAUGAAACACAAGCUGAGCUUUUAGUUAAAAAACACAGCUUCUGUAUUGUUUAUGAUGGUUACAGUUUGUACUGAUGUAAUCAUAUUCAUUCAUCCUAUAUUUUUACAAAAGUACCAUCAUAUAUGCCUGUACAUAUUGCUUUUGACUGUGCAGGUGUACCUAAUGAAGAGUCAGGUGAGUACAUACUGUACCAAUAUAUUGUGUGCGCAUCUGUUUUUGUGCUUUUAUUCUGUAACAGCAGAAGCAUUACAUCUUCUCCCAGUUUUUGUGAGCUUGACAUGGAUCUCCCAUUAUUAAUCUGGAGAGGGCGAGAGAGAGAGGGGAGACGAGAGAGGGGAGAAAGAGAGAGUGGUGCUCAGUAUCCAGAGCUGCUUCCAGCAUGAGUUUCACUCUCCACAUACGUUCUCCACGCCGUGUGGAAGCCAACAUGCUGCAGAUCCAAUCCAGAGGGGCUUUCCUCACGCUCUGCUUGGCUCCUGCUGUUCUAACAAGCCUGCUGCACCCUGAAUGUGAGUUCAUAUUCCAGCUGGAGAAAGAUGAGCGCCGCUGCCUCCACUCCAUUGCUGUGGAAGCAAACACAAGUACACAAGGUUGUCGAGCAUUCUGGGACGCGGUGGUCUGCUGGCCUCAUGCUGUGGUUGGGGAAAGUGUUCAGAGAGCUUGUCCAGCCGUUUUCUCCCUCUUCAGAAACACCACAGGUUCCGUGAGCCGUAACUGCACUGAUGGAGGUUGGUCCAGGCCCUUUCCGCCGUACCACCAGGCCUGUAGCGUGGAUGAUGACAUACCUGAGACGGAGCAGAGCUACUUUGCCACAGUGAAGCUGAUCUACACCGUCGGUUACGGCGUCUCUCUGCUGGUGCUGAUCGCUGCUGUGCUCAUCCUGCUGCUCUUCAGGAGGCUACGCUGUGCCAGGAACUUCAUCCACAUCCAACUCUUCCUCACGUUCAUCCUGAAAGCCGCGGCAGUGUUUAUCAAAGACGCCACUCUGUUCUCAAACGACGAGACCAACCACUGCACCCUGUCCACAUUUGCCUGUAAGGCUGCUGUGGUCUUCUGUCACUAUUGCGUCAUGGCAAAUUUUUUCUGGCUCCUGGUGGAGGCACUCUACCUCAAUUCCUUGCUGCUCUCUUCAUUUUAUCGCAGCAUCCGGUGCCUGUGGGGCUUCAGUCUGCUGGGAUGGGGGGUUCCUGUGCUCUUCAUUGUGCUGUGGAUUGGAUCCAGAGUGUAUUUUGAAGAUACAGAAUGCUGGGACAUCAAUGAGAAGUCGCUCUAUUGGUGGAUCAUCAAGGGCCCGAUUGUUGUGUCCAUCGUGAUCAAUUUCAUGCUCUUUGUCAACAUCGUCAGGAUUCUCAUACAGAAGCUAAGCCCUCGUCUGAUCCAGUUCAACAACUCCUCACAGUACAGCAGGUGGAAUGGAGGCAACAAAAACUAACAGAGCCACAGUGCACGAAAAGGUAGUAGCACAAUCACCGUGGAAAGGAGCUACACAGCAGGAGCAUAUGGAGAUGCAGUUGAAUGCAUCAGAAGUUAGUUUUAAUGAGUCCACACAUCCUCCGUAAGAAACUUGUAAUUACCAACGAGCACCUCCAGUGACAUGUGAAUUCAAAACAGGAAACGGAUGAAAGCUACCACAAUAAUACCAGUCCCAAAGAACCCCUUCCCAUCAAGCUACGACUACCACCCCGUAGCAUUGACUUCCAUCAUAAUCAAGUCAAACAUAUCCAUGGAGGACACCAUCCCUGCUGUUCUCCACCCAUUCCUCACAGGGGUUCCACAAGGAUGUGUGCUCAGCCUUCUGCUCUUCACACUGCUGACCCACAACUGUGUGCCAAAAUUAUGUACCAACCACAUCAUUAAGGUUGCAGAUAACACAACUGUGUGGACCUCAUCUCCAGUAAUGAUGUAGCCCCCUACAGGAUUAAGGUGGGCCAACUGGGUGAGUGUUGCAAGGACAGUCUUCCUCAGUGUGGGGAAGACCAAAGAGAUUGUUGUAGACUCGGAGAAGACUUCCACGGCACCCCUGACUGACCAUCAACGACACUGCUGUACAGAGCAUGAGUAGAACCAAGGUCCUGGCGGUGCACAUU